UGCAGCGGCGCUAGCCUCCUGCGCGAUUCCGGCCAGGAGUCCCCGGACGUGGGCAGCGGCCAGGGAACUGGAAAUGAGCUCUACAAGAAUAAUGGAUAUUAAGAUGCGGGAAGCUGCAGAAGCGCUUGGUGAAGAUAGCUCAGGAAAGAAGAAGUCCAAGUUCAAAACUUUAAAAAAAUUCUUUGGGGGGAAGAAGAAGAGAAAAGAGACCUCAGCAUCUGCAAGUAGCAGCAGCUGGAAGCCAAGCCAAUCAGAGAGUGAUUUCAUUGCUCCAGCAUCUCUACCCGUUGGCUAUGACUCAGAGGAUGAACUUGAGGAUCACAAGGGUACCCUGGGAAGCCGAGCCCUUUCACACGACAGCAUUUUCAUUCCUGAGACAGGUCAAGACCCCCCCAGGCCAGCUCGAGUGUUUUCUCAGGAAAAUGUGUCAGAGAGGAUCAGAGCUUUACAGAUGAAAAUCCAAUAUAAUGUGAAACUGGGACCCCCUCCUCCAUGUGGGAUUCCCACUAAACGGGGAGAUGAUGCCGGCAUGAGUUCUGAAGAUGAUGGGUUACCCAGGAGUCCUCCAGAAAUGUCUUUAUUACAUGAUAUAAAUGCCAGCACUUCAACAAAGUUCUCUGACCCUCACAAGCAUCUUAGCUCUUUGAGUUUAGCUGGAACAGGCAGUGAAGAAGAAGAACAGGUCCCUGUAAGUUCCUCUUCCAGACCCCUUUCUCCAGAUCAGCUUUUCUCCAGACAUGCCAGCGAUACCAUGACAUCUCCACGGACAUCAGACAGUAGUCUUUCGCCUCUAGCAGAUUUUGAUUAUCCUCCUGAGUUCUCUUCCUGCCUUGAUAACUCUGCGGCAAAGCACAAACUGCUAGUUAAACCUCGAAACCAGCGGUCCAGCAAAAUGAGAAGACUGUGUUCGCGCGCGCAGUCAGAGUCUCUAAGUGAUCUGACUUGUACCCCAGAGGAAGAGGAGGAGGAUGGGAAACAAAUGAUCAGAGACAAUAAAGAUGAGAAUUCCAGUCACAGCCAGGAGGAAAUGAUGGACAAGGAGACUGUAGCAAAUAGCCCCGAGAUUUUGAGACCGGAGAUGCCUGAGGAGCCUUCCCAGAGCCAGGAGAACCAAGAUGAAAAGCCUGGGGUACUCCAGUUUCCUGAUGUAUUUGCCAGUGCAGGGGAGUUGUCAUCCCUAGUAAAUAACCCUGAGACUACAGUGGAAGUCAGUGGCUCAGAGUCAGACCAUUUACUUUUUUUAAAUCCACCUUCUCUUCCCAAAAACUCCUCACCUCCUGCUCUAGAUGAAGAAGAGAGCAAAGAAGAAUCUCUCUCAGCACUGUCUUUUCCUACAAGGAGCACGUGUGAGGAAUUGGUUUGUUCACUUAAUGAAGUUCAAAAUCAAUCUCCUGAAAGCCCUCUAGAUAUGCCCUCUCCAAAGGCUAUUUCCAAUACUACUACAAUUUCAUCCGGUUUAGAUUGUUCAGAAGAAAAUAUACAGGAAUCAAAAGACAGCCUGGAAAUGGCUGAUGAUGGGGAAUCAAUGAAAGAAUCCACAAUCACUGACCUGGGCACCCAGUUACCGAAGAGUUGUUUGAAAAACAAAAACUCUUCAGUCACCUCAAGUGCCAAUGUUUCUCCCAUUCCUCCAGGUUCUAUGUCACUACAGGUAGGACCUGCCCCCUGGCACCUGGAGAAAAAGACCACCCCUGAAGAGGUCUCCAAGUCUGAGCAGCCAGGCUCUCCUCCCACAACUCCCAGGGGGGCACUAUCAGAAGGUAAAUUGGAAAGGGCAGCCAGCAAUGUGAGGAGCUCAAGGAAGUUCUCUGUGUCUUCCUCCUGGGAGAGACCAAAGGCUAGCAGCCUCUAUCUGAAAGAAUAUUCAGGCAGCGAAACUCCAUCAAACACAAAAUUGUCCUGGCUGAAGAUGAACCUGGCCUCAAGAAAUGAGGUGACCAGGGAUAAUCUUCAGGUGAACGCUGAACACCAGGAAGGAAAAUUGGGCAUUCUAAAACAGGCACUCCCAGUGGAGAGUGACUCUCAGAACUCUGUAGGCAGAGAGGGUGACCACACUGGGCUGAGCUGUACAUCUCCAGCUUCUGGUGCCGUACAGCCAAAGACAGAUCCCUGUCCACAGUUACCUAGUCAGCCUGUCACUGAAGACAAAAACCCCUUUCAAGUCAAACUCCGGUCCACCUCACUGUCUUAAUAUAGAGAUGGGUCUUUCCCAGAAUCAAAAGGCAUGAAGCGAUACAGUGCAGAGAUAAGGAUGGAGAAAGGAGGGUUAACUUUGCUUUCAAAAGAUGAAAAAACUCAAAUCAAAAGACUCUCAGAUAUAAGUGCGACUAGUCCUUUAAAUGAUAAGGUGAAGGGUAAAGCCAAGUCCUCUGAGCAGCUUAAUCACAAGCCUCCAUUACCCAAGAAACCUGUCUUGCAAACUAUAAGUACUCCCCACUCGCACACACUCCCUCCUGGAAACCUUGAAAAACUGGACAAAGUAAUCAAGUCUCCAGAAUCCAGAAAUGAAACUAAGGCCUUGGAGAAAAAGUUGUCUCUUCACAAAGUAGCUGAGAAAAACAUGCCAUCCCCAGCAUCAACCACUGGAGCCUCAGAGGGCCACUCACUGCCACCCUGGAUUACUCUAGCCAGGCAGAAGCGUAGGGGCUCACGAGAACAGCAGCUGCGCAAGGAGGAAAAGCCUGAAACACCAGCCACAAAGUCGGACACAGAAAAGCCGAGUGGAGACCUGGAUAGAAAAGAGGAGCGAAUUAAGCAACAAGCCGACUUUGUCCGUAGCAAAUCUUUUCUGGUGCAGCCAGCUAAAACUGCUGAAGAACAGAAGCCAAGAGCAAAGCUGCACCUCAAAGAAGGACUUCAUCGAGGCAUUUCACUUUCUCAUCAGAACCUGGCAGCUCAAUCUCAGGUGAUGACUGAGAAAGAACUGAACCAGCUAAAGAGGGCCAGUUAUUCCAGCGCAGAUCAGCCAUCCUGGAUGGAACUUGCCAAAAAGAAGUCUCAAGCCUGGAGUGACAUGCCCCAGAUUAUAAAAUAGGGUGAUUCAUA